GCUCUAUGGAUAGAACACACAAACCCCAAGCUGAUUAUUCGCUCAGAAAUGUAGUAAGUAAACCGGCGGUACACUGGACAGACUACGACGAUGCACAUGUCAAAAUAUUUGCGCGUGGUAGACUAAUGUUUAGCGGAUAAAAACUAGAAUUCAAAGUAUACAACUAGAUAACAUCAAACUGCCAAGCUUUCUACAAGUGGAUCACAUGUUUAUGGGAUAUAGAAAUCUUGUUGUCAACAAUUAUUGGACUUUAUAAAGUUUGACCGACGCAGCGACUGAUGGGGUCUUUGGACCAUUAUUACGUAAAGUGGGCUCAGUCGGUGGAGUGAGUGACCGGGUGCAGAGCGUGGGAAACACGGGGGCUUCUGACUGGUGCAGUCCCGCUGAUGUCUCGUUCAAGUAGAGUCCAACAACAUCACCGUGUGACAGCAAGGUACCUUUGCCUGCUUGAUACGACGGUACAGUGGCCGCGUUAUGUGGACGAGGCAUGGUUGGCUUUCAACAUUGGAGCGUGUUUGUGCUGGUAGUCACCGGGAUACUGCUUGCAGUUCACCAGGUGCAGCUAGUCCAGGCCUCUGGAUAUAUGGAAGUUGUGAUUUUGUCGAUUGACAAUGAUUCUGGUGAACUAGCUGAUGGUGAUUGUUGCCAUGGAUCCCGAUCAGACGCAGGCUGUACCGGUGCCUGCCACACCCUCUUUGUUGGAUGUUUAAGACAAUACCAGUCUAGGGCCACACCCGAAGGCUCAUGUACAUUUGGGAUCAGCGACACCCCUAUCUUAGGAAACAGUUCCUUUGAACUGCCUUUGGAUGGGAGUGGUAGAGUUGAGAAUAGAAAUGCAACUAUGAUAUUCCCUUUUGAAUUUGGAUGGGUGCAAACAUUUACGCUGAUCUUAUCUGCCUUUGACAAACAAUACUUGGAUGCCUCGGAAUCCAGUGGAUUAAUCGAGCGUUCUUUCCACUCUGGGAUCAUUGCCCCAGCUUCUUCCUGGACAACUUUGAGACACAAUGGUGCUAAUGCCAGACUCUUAUACAGAAUACGGGUCUUGUGUGAUCCAAACUUUUUUGACACAACGUGUGUCAAGUUUUGCCGUUCUCGAGAUGACACCUUUGGACAUUAUUCUUGUGAUGCGAAUGGGGACAAAGUUUGUCAUCAUGGAUGGACUGGGGUGAACUGUCAGACAGCUAUUUGUAAACGAGGCUGUGAUUUCAUCCAUGGAUACUGCAAUGAACCAGGCGAGUGUCUGUGUCGCUAUGGCUGGCAAGGAGAACUAUGUGACCACUGUUCACCUUAUCCAGGAUGCGUCCAUGGCAGCUGCAACUCACCCUGGCAAUGUAACUGCCAACAGGAAUGGGGUGGUAUCUUAUGUGAUCAAGAUUACAAUGUUUGCGGCAGACAUGAGCCAUGUUUAAAUGGUGCAGUGUGUACAAACAGUGGACCUAAUGAUUAUACAUGCCAGUGUCAACCUGGGUUCAAUGGAAGGAACUGUGAGCAAGCUGAACAUCCUUGUGAGAACCAACCAUGUAAUAAUGGUGGGACAUGUUUAGAGAUAGGUCGAGGCUUUUACUGUAGAUGUACAAGGGGCUGGAAAGGAGAUACAUGCACUGAAAAUCUUGAUGACUGCGUAAGUCAACCCUGUCUGAAUGGAGGUGAAUGCAUUGAUGGAGUGAAUUCAUACAGCUGUCGUUGUACACCACAGUGGCAGGGUCCCAUAUGCCAAUUUGAUGCUGAUGAGUGUAUGGGUAGGCCGUGCAUGCAUGCCUUUGCCUGUCGGAAUAGAAUUGGAGAUUAUCUCUGCGACUGUCAACCAGGAUGGACAGGGAAGAACUGUGACGUCAAUGUGAAUGACUGUGUUGGCCACUGCAUAAAUGGAGCUACAUGCCUCGACUUGGUGAAUUCGUUCUCUUGCGUUUGUCUGGCGGGCUACACUGGAAUAGAAUGUGAACUGAAUAUUGAUGAAUGUACUAGUAGUCCAUGCCAGCAUGCAGGGCUGUGUGUGGAUAAGGUGGCUGGUUACCAGUGUACAUGUGCACCAGGAUACGCUGGAGAUAACUGCCAGUUUGAUGUAGAUUCCUGUGACCCCAAUCCAUGUCAACAUGAUUCUCAAUGCUUUAACCUUCUUGGGGAUUACUACUGUGGAUGUACCGAUACCUACCAGGGCAAAAAUUGCUCUCAGUCUAAGCAACAUUGCCAAGGACCUCAAUGUCAAGUGGUGGAUAGUUGUACAGUAGCCUUACCAGCUAGUGAAGAUGAAGGUGGUUUAGCAUUAGUUCCAUCUGGUGUUUGUGGUCUUCAUGGAACCUGCUUAAGUCAAGGCGGUGAUCGUUUUGCUUGUCAAUGUGACGUGGGAUACUCUGGAAGAUACUGUCAUGAAAAUAUUAACGACUGUGAGAGUCAGCCGUGUCAGAAUGAUGGUGUAUGUGUAGAUGGACUCAAUUUAUUUAGCUGUAUCUGUUCAGAAGGAUGGGAAGGAUUGUUAUGUAAUCAUAAUGUGGAUGAAUGUGCACGGUCACCGUGUAGGAAUAAUGCUACCUGUGUUGAUAUGCAUGCAGACUUUGCCUGCCAUUGCCCAACUGGAUGGAAAGGAAAAACAUGCAAGUCACGUGAUGAUCAAUGUGAUAUCAACACAUGUCUGAAUGGAGGAACAUGUUAUGAUUUGGGACAUUCUUUUACCUGUGUCUGUCCCUCGGGAUGGGAGGGGAACUCAUGUCAACUCUCCACAAGUAACCAGUGCAGUGCGAAUCAGUGUCAUAAUGAAGCAACGUGUAUCCCUAGUGGCGAUACAUUCAUCUGUGUCUGUAGAGAAGGAUUUGAGGGUCGACUCUGCCAACAAAAUACUGAUGAUUGUAGUCGCAAUCCAUGCUUCAAUGGGGGACAAUGUGUAGAUGGCAUUAAUUGGUUUAGAUGUCAAUGUGCUGAUGGAUUCACUGGACCUGACUGCCGGAUCAAUCUGAAUGAAUGUGCAUCCAACCCAUGUGCUUAUGGGAGUACAUGCGUUGAUGGUAUAGAUUCCUUUAAGUGUGUCUGUCCUCCUGGACGUAGUGGAGCAACGUGCUCUGAAGUGAUUGGUGUGGUUCCGAUAUGUAAGGUGGAGAGGAGGGUCUACGCUCAAGGAGAAUCCUGGAAAGAUAACUGUAAUACCUGUCACUGUGUCCAAGGAACAGCGGAGUGUAGUAAGGUUUGGUGUGGACCACAGAGAUGUGCAGAAACAGUAGGCAGUAACUCCACAAGCCAAUUGACUUGCGCUGAAAAUCAACGAUGUCAACUACUAGCAGAAAGUAAUUGUCUCACCCCUCCAUGCCAGCCGUGGGGGCUUUGUGUGAUGGGAGAUGAAAAAGCUACAUACCCUAGUAAUCCUGGAGGUAGUGAGAACCAAGAUAGAGUCUGUGAGGUGGUAACAGGCAGCCAGUCUAGGGAGAGUUGUGCUGGAUUUACUCUCACAUUACAAACAUCAAAGCUUCCCAUUGGUGUAUCUGUGGAGCAUGUAUGUAGUAAUCUAAGGCAAGUAGCUGGUCUUCAAAGACAAGUUAAGACUCACACUAUCAGCUUAGUAUGCAGUGUCACUGGUACUACAAUGGAUACUAUAGGCAACUGUGACAUCUAUGUAUCAUUGUGGGUAGAAGGAGAUAAAGAUAGUGCUUUGGCUGAAGAGAUUGCAGAUUCUCUCUUGGAAUACUUAAGAUUACCAGCUUCUAGUAACUCAGUCACUGUAGCUAUUACAAUGGUUAAUAGACAUACCAAGGAUUCAGAUCAAGAACCAGCUAAACAAGGUGCUGGAGUGAUGUGGCUUCUUGGAUGUCUAUCUGGUGUAGUUCUUGUCGUUCUACUUGGAGGUUUCCUCUUAUGGGCUCGUUUCCAUUGCAUCACUAAACCUGAUGAAGAACAACCACCGGUACCCCCACCUCGAUUUACCACCACCACCACCACCACAUCAACCCAACCCACCUCAGGAACUCAUGCACAAGACUUGCCAACCAACCUGAGGGUGGUCACAAACUCUGAAAGAAGAGACAAUCGAACACGAGCCCGGGCGGGUCUCAAAAGGGAAGACACUCAACUCAGUGUUGCACUGACUAAGCCGUGUAUGGAUACCGACUUAGAACAGAGACCCACUAAGUGGAUGAAUAAAGAGAACGCUGAUCCAAUUCUAAUGGAUAUUUAUAAAGCAGAGACGGAAGAGUCUCAGAAGAACAGACUUGAAAUGCAUAAAAGGACUAAGAAGAACUCAUCACAUGUUGAGUUGACAGUGUGCUAGCCCCUUUAAGAUCCUGUAAGGAUGCUUAAGGACCUUGGACUCCAGUCUACGACUGAAGCUUGUUUCAAUUGUAUUGGCGUAGUCUGUGGUGAACCAUUAUGUAUUCAAAUCUCUUCUUGUACACAGGGAGUCACCUCAAACCCUCAUACACACCAAUUAGACAAAGUUAGAUGCCUUUGAUAUGAUGUGCGAGAUCUUCAGUGAAAUGAUCAAACAAGCCUCCUACGAUCGACCCAUGCUCUCCAAACCUUGUUUAAUGCCCAAUUAUUCAGCACAAAUAUGUUUCAAGAAACUCAUUUAAGUUGAAGUUCAAAUAAGCACUGAACAAAAAGUGCAACUUUUCCUGUAGGGCCUAUGUUUAUGAUAUUUCACUAGGCUUCUAACAUUGUAACAUCAGCAUUUGGGGUGGGGGGGGGUGAGGUGGACUGCAGCCAUUGAUCCAUUGUUUCAAAUCUUGGAUAAUUUUUUGCCAACAUUACACAAAACCAUCUUAGGUAAGAGGUUUAAGAUGAGUGAACCCAGAUACAGGUAUGGAACGCAUCGUUCUGAUGAGUGUUUAGAAUAAAGUAACUCAAUCUGUACAUACUGUACAAUAUACAACGGAGUGUUAUAUUCAGAUUCAGUCUAAUUAUAUCAUGUAAGUUAAACUUGUUUAUAUUAUAUAUUAAUUUAUCACAACAAACUCAAUUGUUGCAUUUUCUUGUUUUAUCUUUAUGUUUUAAAAAGAAAGAAACCUCAGUGAUUGUUUGAACUACAGACUUAAUUUUUACUAGCAUUUUUAAAGAUGGACCACAAUUGAUCACCAAGUGCUUUGUCUCUUUUUUUACAAUUAACUUGACUAAUUUUAAUGUACCUUUUUUCCCAUUGUAUCAAAGAAGUGAAGCAUUUUUGCAUUUUAUGAGGUCAGGCAUAUUUUGAGAUGAAAAUAGUUUUAAAUUGGUUUUAAAGACACACUUUUUGAUGCCUUUUAAAACUUUUGUUCACUUAGAUCGAGUAGAUCUUAACUCAGUUUAAUCAUGUUGAAUAAGUAGAAACAAAAAUAGUGAUUUUUAAAUGAAAUAAAAAGUUUGAUAAACAGUAGAAACAAUAAGUUCACAUUGCUAUUUUUUCAGAAGCUAUACUUUUUGGAACGAAUCACUAAAUUGAUUAAGAUAGAACCUUCAUAUCAACACAAUAUUUGAAUUAUUAUAAAGAAGGACUAGUACUAGUCCGUUUUAGUAGGACUCCAAGGGGGGGGGGGAAACGCCCCGUUUUAUUUUGUAUCAUCCCCCCCCCCCAAAAAAAAAAAAAAAAUCCCCCUUUUUUAUCAUUGACUUAACAUACCAUUUUGAUUAGAGUGAUUACAUAUUUUGUGUUUUGUCAAAGAAGACAAAAUAAAAUAUAUUUUUACAGACUUUUUCAAAAGAAAUCAAGUAAUAGUAAGUAGAAUUUGUUUUGCCAUGUUCGAUUGCCAUUUGAAAGAUUAAACCCAGGCUUUUAAUCAUGUGCCCUUAAAACUUUCCAAAAUGGCAGACAAGUUAAUUGUAUAGUAACUUUAAGUUAAAGGCCCUUUGUUUAUGACAUCAAAUGCCCAUAUGGAGUCCCUUGUAGAAAUUCACAACGGUAAAUAAAUAAUUCUUGUUGUCCCGUGGUAGGAGACCUCAUGUAAAAGAAAAAAAAGUCAGUCAAUAGAGUGAAUUAUAGUCCAAAUAUCUGAAUUCAAGUGGACUAAAUUGUUGUUAUAACCGUUUGCAAUGGUGUGACAUGCACAGAGUGCUUGUUGGUGAAUUGCUGGAGUGCCUCCCAGUCUUAACUACAUGUUCAUGUGUUUGUACUUUAUCUAAACUGGAUGUAGUACAUGUAGGUAACAUAAAUAUCUCACAUUUCAAGACAAAAAUAUCCAUGUGAGUGUUUGUGAGUAGAUUUUUGUAUCAAGGUGGAAACUCUGGCUACUAUUGAAACUCUGGAAGCUCAGUUAGAAGCCUUCAAGUCCAAGGUGGAAACUCUGGCUACUAUUGAAACUCUGGAAGCUCAGUUAGAAGCCUUCAAGUCCAAGGUGGAAACUCUGGCUACUAUUGAAACUCUAGAAGCUCAGUUAGAAGCCUUCAAGUCCAAGGUGGAAACUCUGGCUACUAUUGAAACUCUGGAAGCUCAGUUAGAAGCCUUCAAGUCCAAGGUGGAAACUCUGGCUACUAUUGAAACUCUAGAAGCUCAGUUAGAAGCUCAGUUAUAAGCCUUCAAGUCCAUAUUUAAAUCAAAAAUUUCAGAACCAACUUAUUUUUUCGACUUCUUUUUGUGACGGUAAGAGUUGUCAAGAAUCCUGGAUUUUCAUGGUUAAAACCAAACAGCACAAGGUUGCACUAUAAUCAUAGCCAAACAGAACAGAUUAUUUUUCCAAUGUGACUUGUAUCUUACACAUUUUUGAGAGAAGUUACAAAUUUUCAAAGAAUUUGUUAAUUUGAAUAUCUCAUCACAACAAUACCUCACUCAGAUUUCAUAGUUUAUUAAAAUGAGAUCAUCCAUAUUUUUCACAAGAGUUGGGCAUAUUUUUACAGACAAUAUAUUAAAAAACUACAAAGACAAUAACUUUGCCAAGUACCCAAAACAUGCUGGGACAAUAUUUUUGAAACAUUCAAAUGCAAUAAUAUAUUGUUUUUGCUAAGCAGAUGCAUUUUAGGCAAUAUUCUCUGCUUACCAGCUCCACACUGAUUCUAACUCUACUGUGGGAUGCAUUAGUAGGGUGUGUAAGUCUUGCAUGCAUCUAACAUUGGUAAGUAUGGUUUCAAUGUACAUUGCUUUAAUGUACGUGUAUAAUGAAGGAAACAUGCAUUGGUCAAAACAUUGGUUUGGGCACAAGUUUGGCUCAGAUUGUAAUUGCCUAGUAUGAACACAAUCACAGAUUAGAUUUCUAAAUAAAUAUUUUUUGAAAUUAAAGAGUUGAAAUGAGUAAUCAAUUGACAAAUAAAGAUUCUGUACUGUACCUUUAUAGAUAUACAAACUUAAGAUAUGAAAAGUUUUAUAUAUUGAAUUAGAUUUGGAUAACUAUACAUUGUUUGUGCUCUUUAUUACAAGGUAUUUGGUCAUGUAACAACCUCAAAUUUGUUAUUAGUUACCAAGUAAUUUAUUUUCAGUAUUUUUCAUUAUAAGUAUGGUUACAUUCUUUCAUUUUGAUUUAUUUAUUUAUUCCUGAAUUGUAACUUUGAUUUGAUUAUAAAUUCGCAUUAUGUACAAAUAUCCCUUUGACCAUAAGAAUAAGUCAUAAGUUUAGUUAUUCAUUUGAAUAUUUAUGUAUUGCUUAAAGUUUGAAAACUGUUGGACCAAACAUGUGUUGUAGGCAUGAUCCUUUUAUUGCAGGGAAAUACAUGGUUUUUUCUUUUCUGUUUUGUACCUAAAAGUUAUGAAUUUCUCUCUUUUUUUGCCAAGAGAAACCCCCUUAGAUUAAUCCUCAACCCUGUAAUUGAGACCCUUCCCCUUUUCAUGAUUCAAAAUAAAUUAAUUGACAUUUCUAUAAA